AGACUCUUCUCAAAUUAAUUUUCAAUCGAGCACACUUACAAAUAUCGUCGAACUCGGUAAAAAAGAUUAAAAACGCUAGAAUAUUUUCCACAAUUUUAAUGUUAAAAACAUGUUCCAUUUUAAAAAUAUCUAUAUAGAUUGCAAGCCCUGGAAACCUUAAUUCGACCCCGAAAUCUAUUCCGAAGCUUUCUGUAUAAGUCGAGGGCUUGUUGCACUUCACAAAGUGUCCGAUUUCGCGCAGGAGCGACGAAGCGAUAUUUAUUUUGUCGGUUGGGGUCUGUCAGAACCGUUCAAGCACUCAAGGAGCAAUACCGAUCAUGUUCCAAAUGCGUCGUGGAAAAUCGAAUUCCGUUUCAUACGGAAAUAACCGUGGCGAUUGUGGAAGAUUCGAGCGAACAUGAUCAGUUCUGGUUGGGCGGCGCGGGUGGUACGUGGUCCAUGAGAAGCACGCGUUUAAAAUGACGACCAAGAAGGCAAGUUUUAACGUGGAACUUGCUGAGGAAAGCGAUGUCGUUAACGAGGUCGUGGAAAAGAGGCGAUUCUUCCGCGAGGAGAACGUCCAGAGGGUCAAAGCGGUCGCCGGGCACGUGGGGCUUUUAAUUACCCUGAUGUUGUACACAGCAAUUGGCGGUUUGACUAUUUUCCCCGUUCACGGGAUUUGGACGUUUACGUUCGCAAAAGUUCGAAAACCCACCGACCGACUUUAUUGUUACUGUUGCCCCCGCUGUCAGGUUUUUCGGCACAUCGAGCUUCCGGCGGAACUGGCGCGGUUGGAAAAUCUGCGCGCGAAUUUACGCACCUCGAGGCGUUCGUUCGUCGACUCUGUGUCCAAUAACACCGACGUGUCGAAUUUGGAAACUCUGGUCAGCGUGAAAUUACGUGCUUACGAGGAGGCUGUCCAAGAAGCAGCGCAAGGUGGCCUGUUGAUCAGUUUCGUAGCGGAUACGAUCGAUCAAGAAGAUCGUGGCACAGUGGGCAUGCCACCGAUCGUCACUGAAAGGUGGAGCGUUCUUCAAGCAGUCUUUUUCGCGAGCACUGUGCUUACCACGAUCGGAUACGGGAAUGUUGUCCCGUCGACUAGCUGGGGCCGGAUCUUUUGUAUAUUUUUCGCUUUCGUCGGUAUUCCUCUCACGUUGACGGUGAUAGCCGACUGGGGGAAGCUGUUCGCCGCAGCGGUGAUGAAAGUCGGAUUGGCCGUGAAAUCGAAGCUUCCGUUUCGCUUUACCUUUUCCUGUCUUCCGACAAAUUUAGCUGGAAGGCGAUCGCUCGGGGCACUGGCCGCGAUCAUGCUUCUCUUUUUGUACCUUGCCUGCGGCGCGGGCAUGUUUAUGUUGUGGGAAGAUGACUGGGACUUCUUCGAUGGGUUUUAUUUUUGUUUCGUGACCAUGACUACCAUAGGAUUCGGCGAUCUGGUCCCGAAGAAGCCGAAGUACACGUUACUGUGCACCCUGUACAUUCUUGUCGGCCUGGCGUUGACCAGCACCAUCAUCGAACUUGUUAGGCUGCAAUACACGCAAUCGUGGAGACGAUUGCAAAGACUCAGUGGACCAUUGGCCGAAGCCAUGCGGAGGCUUGGCGAACACGCCGGCGGUGACAUGUCCGCGUUCCAUUCCGAUCUCAGGAAAGUGUUGACGGUGAUCUCGAUGCCACGUUUGAAAUGGUCGGCUUCGUUUAAUCGGGCGGAUUCGAAGGAUCGUGAUUGGGAGGAAGCGGUUGAGGUCGUAUUACGCGAUAUCGCGGCAACGGCACAGAACGCACAGGCUAAUGACAAACCGAUAGUGCAAAUUGUUAUUUACGAAUCCAGUGUCUAAUCGAUCAACAUUUCUGAUCGUUGUUAAAUUUCAUUAAAAAACAUUCGGUUAUUUUGCUUAUUUCUUGUCUGUUUGCGCGACUUCCUACGUAAUUUAUUAACAUUUCUCAUCCGCAAGGCCGCGGGUUCCCUUAAAAAAUCUAAAUAUUUAUAUGCGACAAUAUGUACGCGUCAUUUGUGUUCGAACGUUGUGGUAACGGAAAGAUUUUUCUACGUAUUUUAUCGUGCACCGAUGGGUGAGUUUAAACUCGUUCGAAUUUACCCACGCGAACUGCACGCAGACGCAUAAAACCGCGAAUGCGCGCAACCGACACAAC